CACAAGAUGAAUUUCAAAGAUCUCCAAUUCUCUUUGGGUAAACUUAGUAGUGAUGUCAAGUCUCAUAUGGCUAAAAACAAUCCACUUCAUAAACAAGAUACCAAAGCCUUAUCAGUAUGGAUAUUUCAAGAACGAAAUGAUCUAGCCACUAUGCGUACUUUGGCUUAUCGACGUAGAGAAACCACCAAAAGUUUCAGGGAAUGGGCAACUCAACCUGAUCAAGAUGAUGACUUCACUGACCUUCAAGAUAUUGGUGAUAAGUUGGCUACACUUCUUGAAAAGGCAAAUGAAAUUGAACAACAAUAUGCAGUGCAUUAUCAACAAUAUCGACAAGCCAUCAAAUCAAUUCGUGAACGUGAAGAUUUGCUUUGUGAUCAUCGUGAAAAAAGACGUUCGCUUGCCGCCCGAUUACAACAUUUAGAUAAGACCAAUCCAACAUCACCUCGACGACAGGACAUUGAGACUGAAUGGAUAGCUUUAGAUAACGAUACACGACAAGCAGAAAUGGAAUUGGGUGAUUUUAAACGAUUUGCACUCAAGGAAGCCUUCUAUAGUCGAUUCAAUGCCAUGGUGGAAUACGCUGACAAGAUGAAAAUGAUUGCCGGGUUUGGGAAAUACAUUGUGGAUUUAUUGGAUGUAACCCCUACUGUUGACAACUCGUUUAAACGAAAACCUUAUACAAGUGAAUCCCAAUCCAGUCUUAUUUUGAACGAUUGUCUACUGGCCCUGGAUCAAUGGACACCGUGUGAAGAGGAUGAACGUCCCACUCUUGCUUUCCAUGACGAUUUCAAUGACGAUGCCACGUUUUUGACGGAAGAGGAUAUAGCCUAUUAUCAUGAACAAGGAUUAUUACCAACGACAUCAGAUCAACGGAUUUAUUACAAAACAAUCGAUGAAAAAAAACAACAUCCAUCCGCAAUGGAAAAACAUAAUGAAGCACAAACUGAAAAUGUAUAUCCCAAUGCCCCUCCACCUGCCUAUACACCACCACCAUCAUCAUCAUCUGCAGAUCAGACAGCAAAUAAUGUAGAUACUAUAUCAACCUCUCAAGAUAUGGAUUAUUAUAAGAUGUAUCGUACUCAACUGACUCACCAAUCAUCUAGACGUCGUCGGUCCUAUUCAGAUUUCCAACAACAAUUCAAUUCAUCAUCUCAACAACUUAUCAAACAAAAAGAAGGCUAAUAUAUCCUUUUGUUUUUUUUGUUUUACUUCUCUUGACUUGUCUUUUUUUUAUUUUUAUUUUUAUUUUUUU